CAUUUACCCCUCUCCCGAGCAACCAAUUCUUCGUUGCCUCGGAGCACCCAGUUUUCUCGUUGCCUCCGGCCAACCGAUUUUUCGUUUCCUCCCGGAAAUUGACUUCUUGCUUCGAGAACUCCUAUCCACCAUCCUCAAAAUUUCUCUCUCUCGCUUUCUCAGCGCGCAGCCCGAGCAGACUUUCCGCAACGCCGACUGCAGAAGACCUCGGAACCAAUCUGGGGCAACAAAUUCGAAGGUGCGUGCCCAGUUUUUUCCGCUUUAUUGCACUCAGCUCUGCAUUUCCAGACGGCUCGGCUGUCGGCCAGUUGCGAGCUUCCCAGGCUGCUUCCCCGCCGCGGGCUGCGGUAGCCACCGGGGUGGACUUGACUGCCCGUGCUCCCCGCCUCGCCCUCUCGCCUUGCCCGCUUCGCCCUCGCCCGCUUCGCCCGCCCCCUCCGCGCCCGUUCCCGCAGUCCGACAAAAUGUCGGACUCAGACAAGUGCACUCCGUCGGAGUGCGGCCUGUUUGUCGGCCGGUGCCGGGCCGACACGCCCGCCUCGCCGCCGGCGGGCCUGGACAGCGACGACCGCCAAAGCGUCGCCAUUAAAGUUGAGAGCGAAGCCGAAGCCGACAGCGGUCAACAUCCUUUACGCCCCCGCCCUUUCCGGCCCCAGCCUCUCCGGCCCCGCCCUUGCCGCCCCCGGUCCUGCCGCCACAGCCCUUGCCGCCACAGCCCUCGCUGAGGCCGUCGCGGCCCGGAUGGAGGAGUGG